AUGGCGCAGGAGGAGGACAAACACAGCCUGGAGGCUAAAUUUGCUGCUGCAGUUAAAGUGAUCCGGAGUUUGCCUGAAGAAGGUCCUUUCCAACCGUCUGAUGACAUGAUGCUCAUGUUCUACAGUUACUAUAAGCAGGCCACCUUUGGGCCAUGUGACAUGCCUAGACCAUCCGGCUUCUGGGACUCAGCUGGAAAAGCUAAAUGGGACGCAUGGAGCUCUUUAGGAGAUAUGACAAAGGAGGAAGCCAUGAGGAAUUAUAUUGAGGACAUCCAGCUGAUUUUGGAGACCAUGCCGAUCUCAGAUGAAGUGUCUGACCUGGUGCUUAAACUCGGCAACUUCUACGCUGAGGUGGAAGGAGAAGAUGCAGAAGAAAAUGAAGUGGACCGGAAACCCUUCACCAGACCUUUUGCAAACCACGCAGAUGAGCUGGUCAAGCCAUUUAUGAAACCGGUAAUGGAAGGCUACGGGGAUCUGUGGGAUGAUAUACAAAACCAUCAGGAAACAGACUGUGUUCAUGGCAUGAUUGUCUGUAGUGAGGAAGCAGAAGGAAGCAAAGAAAAUAGUGAAAUAGAGAGAAUAGAGGAAAGUAGUGAUUGGAAGCAAAGUGAGGAGGAGGAGGAGGAGAAUGGCGACGAAGAAGACAAUGCAGAAGACGAAGACAUGGAGAAGGAAGAAGAGUGGAGGCCUGACUCAAGGCUGUUGGCGGUGGGGAGCAAAAGGUGGAGGUCUGACACCAGGGGGUCCAGCAGCAGCGUGGAGCCCAGCAUGUCCUCUGUCACCAAUGGGACCCACAGCUCCCUCAACAGCGAGGUGGAGGAGGAAGAACUGGCCUGUUCCAUAGAGUCCAGGGCACAGAAUAAUAUGUACAUGCACCUUAACGGACACCUGAGUGAUCAUAGUAAUGCUGUUCCUGAGAAAAAUGUCCGAUCCACAGACUCGGAUAAUGAAGAAUUCUGUGAUUCAAUGGAGCAUCUAGCCAUGGAAGAGCUGUCAACAUCGAAAGUCCACUCACCUGGAUCAGGAGCUGCCUCAGUGAGGCAAAAUGAUCUGUGGUUUGAGAGCAACACCACUCUUAAUGAAGGAGAGGAUCAAGUACUCACAGGAGAUUCCUACCUUAAAGAAAGGAGUAGUACAACCAUUCACAACAGCUCUUUGUCAAGAAGAGAGAGAGGGUCCCAGUCACCAAAAACUGCCUGCAGCUCUCAGUUGAGUGUCAGUGUCGAUGCUGCUUGCUGUUGCGUGUCACAGCGCAGACAUCCUGACCGUGUUUCCAGGGGAAACAUCAACGAGCAAAUAGCGACGGCUCUGCUCAGGCUGCAGCAUGACAUGACCAACGUGCUGCACAGGCUGCACACUCUGGAGGUGCUCACCGUGUCACAGUCAGGAUCAUCUUCACCGAGGCAGGAGGACUCACUACCUUUAACACGAAAGUUUCUGAGACCGUCUUGGUGGCCUUUCGACCACUCUCCACUCACAGUGACGUUGACAGCACUCUGGCCUCUAAUCGCCCAUUGGCUUGUCCAGCUUUAUUUACAGCGGAAGAGACGGUGA